AUGGCCGACGUAUCCAUCACCGCACUCCACGACCCCGUGUCCAUCGUCCAUGUUCCCGUUGGCGCGGCUGCCGCUUCGUCAACCAAGAUCUACUGGACGCUCGACAGGGCUGUAGCUGACGAGAGCGAGUUCUGCAACCUCACCUCGAACCGGAUCGAGAUCGCGCUCUUCGCACCGUCAGAUCUAGUCGAGGAAGAAUGGGGCCCGUGCGAGGAACCAGGUGUCGCCAUCAACGGCCCGUGGCGCGUCUUCGAGGUCGCGUCGGGCGAUGACGGCGGUGGCGGUGGCAAUUAUGACUCGCCACAUCUCCGUCACGUGUCUGCCCCGCUGGCGGAGGGAGGCAUCUCGAUCCUAUACCAGAGCUCGUACUUUACCGACUUUUUGCUAGUCAAGAGCUCGGACUUUGAGCGCGCGAGCGCAAUCUUCCACGGCAAAGGAUGGAACUGCGAUCCCAUUCUCCCACCAACCCGUCGCCGCUCGGUGAUGGUCUCCCCCGAAAUGGCCCUAGCCGCAUCGAUAAACGCCUCCGUUAGAACCGACUCUCCGGCCGACACGCCCCCCCUCGCCGAGAUCACAGUCCUAGCCUCUCCACUCGCCUGCAUCGGCCUCUCGGCGGACGUGGAGGCGUCGUUAUCUGCCCGCCUCCGCAAGCUCCUAGUAUGGCCCGAGCGGUCGGUGCUUGCCCUCGAGCGCGCUCGUGGCAGAAAAGCCGACGACGCAGCCGACGCCUUUGAGCGCCGCAACCGAUCUAAGCGCGCAGGUAACUUAAACACUUGGAAUAGGAACAAACCGAGUCAGGCAGCGGAGGCGUCGGCCCGCGCCUUAUCUCGGCCCAGGCCAUUCAUCUCAUAUACCCGCACCGAGGACGGGACAUCCAUCUUGACGGAAGUACGCGUCCUGCGUGCCAUGUUGAGUGUGGCUGAGCGGGCGGAUAUCGGCGCAACAGAGCUAGAAGGCAGUGACUCGGAGUGGAGCGACGAGGACCAAAUUCCAACCUCCUCGUCCGAGGACGGGACCGCCUCGCGCGGCCGCUCCCUCCCCUCCCAAUCUGGUCAUUCUCUGCGUGGGCGCGACGUAACCGAGAUCCCAAUCUUCUGGGCCACGCCGCCAAGCACGCCUAACUCGGCCCGUUUUCCUGGUAUUGGUAGCUUCACGCCAAUUAUGCGCAGCGCCUCUGGGUCCGGUGCGGAACGGUCGUCGAGAGCCCGCCUUCUUGAACUGGAGAGACAGAGGGAGAGGGAAUACGACCUUGAAUUAGAAGAAGCGCGUCAGUUCCGGUACGCUCGGGAGACAUCUCUCUCGCGCCUCUCAUCCUCGAGCCGAUCGCGACUCGGCACCGGCCACUCGCGUACCCGUUCCGACACGGUGUCACUCGGGGUCCUACAGCACCGCGCGAUCCAGGGCGCCUUGGGGUUCAUGGAUCCUCGCAUACGCCGCGCUUCAGAGGGCGGCUCGAGGGAGCCGUGGGCGCCGGAUCCGGAACCAGCGCCAGAGGACGUCGUAGAAGAGAAAUCAGAGUCAGAGGAAGAGGAAGAGGAAGAGGACACGCGCGCAAGUAUGAUGCGCUGUCUCCAGCUCGACUUGCGCGCUGUUGGCGGAGCAUAUCACCUCGAUAAGAGCGGCCUGGUGAUGCGGUUCUCGGACCAGCUGCACCGCGGCGGCGUGCGGAUGCUCUAUUCGUCGACGACGCAUACGGCCAACAUUCUCGUGGAGGGACGCGAUGUCGCUCGCGCCGAACGCGCGCUCCGCCCCGACUAG